CCAAACUUCUUUGCUCCUACUAAUCUGGAAGCUAGCUCCCCUUCAAACGAAACGGAAAACCCUCAACCUCUCUCGCCCUCACAACACCAUUAACAACAAAAUAUCCCUAUCGCUAAGAUUUACAAUCUCUACUAUCGCUAAUCAACUUAUACUCCGUCCAUCAACUUGCCAUCCUUUCCUUACACAACAGGUCAAUAUGGCGGAGACAAGCAAUAUUAAAAAGAAAGUUGACAAGGAAGCCGCCAAGGGGGAAAAUAAGGAUUCCCAGAGUUUGUUCCUUUUCGAAUUGCGCGGGUGUGAGCAUAUUUGUUGAUGAGACUUGUAGCUGUAUCGGAUAACGAUGCGUCAGAGUGCGACGAAAACCCGCGUAUACAGACACCUCUGAACGAUGAUGGUGAUGCCCACGAUGACGAGGAUCCAUUUGGAGACCACGCGGCGGUUCCAGACGAUCAGGACAAAUCAUCCUCGCCUGAGACUCAAACAUGGGAGGAGCAAUCCGAAGCAGGGCCCAGUGGAAUCUAUGGAAGACCACGACGGAAUACCAUUCAUGAAGACCACGGGCCUACAGAGUCAUCCUUGGCUACAACAGAUUCAGCUUUGACGUCCAACACAAAUGAGGGAGUAGUUCUACCAUCGGGCACAGUCGUUACGGUCAGGGAAUGGAUCGUAGAACACUCAGCCGCGGAAGAAUCCUGUACUGAGCCCACAGAAGACGACCAGCCAUGGGAGUUCGACCAAGAAGAAGCAGAACUUGACAAUCGUCUAUACUUGGCUCGGAUGAAGGUAAGUGAUUAGGGAGCCACCGUCGACGCGGACUUCGUCGAGCAGAUUCUUUAUGCCGAAGCGGAAUCGGAUAGAGGUUGCUGGUACAGUUCUCGAUCCAAGUUUGGGCCAGGAGACCCAGUGCUCUCUCGCGUUCCACCACCACAAUUU